AUGGUGGUCGUCGACGACCUUCCUAGCUGGGGUCAAGUUUGCAAACUGAGUGCACGCUUUGCUCAGAGCAAAGCCGACCUCAACAACGAGAUCCUGUGGCCCCUCACCGUCUACUGCCUCAUGUCCACGCCCCCGGACGUCGAUGCCUAUCCGAUGACCAUGUUUUGCAUCAGUGGUCAUGGCUUGGUUUUCGCUUGGUAUGUUGCCAUGUUCAAGGCCUUGGAGGCUGCAGACUUGGGAUACAUUCGCCAGCUCUGGCGCUGCGGCCUGAGCGCCUCGAUCACCCUCCACUGGACAAGCGUGCCACGGCAGAUUUUGAUGGUGGCUUUGUCGGCGUCUGAGAACUAUGGGAGCGCGGAAGACCUAGUGGAAACAUUCCCGGUGUUUGCCCAGCGCGUCGACGCCUUGCUUGCUGAGGGCGGCAAGUCGGCGUCGAAGUUGGAUGACCGAGUCGACUACUUGAACGAGAAGAAUGUCAAACACAGGGGCAACGUUUUCAACAAGGGCUUGCUCAAUGCCUGCAUAGCAAUGCGGAGAUUCUCGCCAAAGGCCUUGGCCACUUUGCGCAAGAUCUCCCAUGAGCAUGGGAACGCGGUGUUGACGGACGGGUACGUCAAACUGGACGACCUUGUCACGGAAGCCAUUGAGUGGACCGUGGAGUCGGCCUACGUCGCUUUGUCGCGUGCGGACUGCAAGGUCGACUUCUUCAAAACGCAGCACCUGGAGUCCUCCAAGGACAAGUCUCAGGCUGGCUGGUUUGUGGUGACCUUGCAGAAGUUCAUGCUCGUUCACCAUCUCCUGACGCUACCGGCCAAGUUGGAACUUCCGCUGCUGUCCGAUGCGUUGGAAAUGGUGUCCACACCGUCGGCGUGGGACCUCAACUUCCCCAAGGUCGAGACGGAGGAUGCGGAGUCGGAGGAGACCAGCAAAGGGGGCCCUGAGGCCAUCGCCCGCCUGGCCAAGUUGACGGAGGAGCAGAAAAGCUUCUUCAGCUUUGUGAGAAGCAUCCUGGAGGGAGACUUCAACGAGGACAUGAACGGCGUCUGUGGCGGCAAGAACUUCAAGAUGGUCGACGAGAUUUACAAGGAGGCUACCCCACACAAGAAGUUGGAGGUUUUCACGGAGUUCAACACGGUGUUGAAAGGCCUGAGUGCCGUGAAGGUCCAUGCCGCGACGUCGGAGUCGAGCGCUCCUAGCUUGAGUGUGAAGUCCUUGGCCAGGUUGAAAGACGAGGAGUCCCAGGACGCCCAGAAGAUGGAGCGCCAGGCUAUUUGGGCCAAGGCCCAGGCGCAGCGGAGGAAGCUCGUGAACUUCGCUGUUGCGUCAGAUUUGGCAACGGCAAUGGACAAGCCUCAGGCGGAGUCGGUUCGGUCCAUGACUGGCAAACUGAAUGAAAGCCACAGGUUGUUUGUCAUGUCGCUCGACUUGGUGUCGGAGUCGAGUGCCACCCCGUGGAGCACGCCCAGUGCAGUCGACAAGGCUGAGGUGCAGAGACUCUACAAGUUCAUGGAGAAGCAUGCGACACGGGAGUCGGACUUCAUCCUUGCAUUCUGCGGCAGGUCGGCGUCGAACCGACGAAUCUUGGAGGACUCCCUCAACGUGCUCAAUUGCCCUUCGACCGUCACGGAGAUGUGGGUCGCAUACUAUGGCAAGGACGACGAGCGGCCCGGUCGAAAGGUGUUCGGGGGCGCGCCCCAUCGGGAGGUCGGGUUCUUGAAGGGCAUGGUGGCGCGUGUUCGACUCACGACGAAGGACGACUUUAUCCCCACAGAGCAGGGCGCGGGGAACCGCGACUUCUGGUCGGCCAUCCUCGAGUACACAUGCUGCAAGUCGGUGGUCGACUGCACGCCGGGGUCGGGCAUGCUAGCAACGCAGUGUCUCGAGGACAACAUUCCGUACUACGGGCUGGUCAAGGGCAGCACCCACUUGGCGUGGGUGUCGAACGUUCUCGAUUUGGCAGCCUUGAAGAUGAUAUUGUCGGAGUCAGAGCACCCGCUCUAUCAGCAAUCCUUGAAAGAGUGCAUUGAGCAGCAUUUUCAAGACGAGAUGAUGGACCGCACAUUCGAGCUCACAGAGGAUGAGUGCAAGGGCCUGCGCGGCGAAGACGACGCUAUAAAGGCGUAG